UGUAUUUAGUUUGACGUUUGGUUGAGUUGAAAGAUCUAUUUGAUUGAAUGUACUGCCUGUGACAAUCGAGAUAUCUGUCUGGAGUUCCGAGUAGUUAACAAGAGUGUUUUAUGAAUGCAAGAUGAUCAACAUGACCCGCCUUCUACUCAAUAAAAAGAAAACGAAACUUAAUGCCACUGAGAGAAACACUGCAGUGAAAACGUGAAUCGCCUUUGAGUGUCAUCAAGCAGAGUUCAACAUGGGUACGGAGCAAUUUCAUUCUCAGAAUAAAGUUAGUUGUGUACUUUGCGAGAAAUCAGACGAAACUCAGAUUACCGGGCCUCUUUCAUCCAAAGAGGGCACCUCCGCACACGAGAACUGUUUGUUGUAUGCAUCAGGGAUCUACUGCAAGACUUCACCCACCUAUGACGACCUGUUUGGAUUUGCUGUGGAAGAUGUAAAAGAAGAGCAGCGGAGAGGAAAAAGACUACUUUGCCACCACUGUAAAAAAAACGGUGCUACAGCGGGAUGUGAUUUGAAGCGUUGUAAGCGCUCGUACCAUUUUCCCUGCGCCAUGGAGGCCCGUGCCACAGUCGAUGAAGACAUUGAUAAAGGCCGUUUUAAACUGUUCUGUGAAUUACAUGAUCCAAAAUCCAAAAAAACAAGAUCGCCAGACAGUCGAAGGUCUGAACUGAAAAGGCCUGACAGGAGAGAUUCUCAUUCAUCUACAGGGUCGUCAGAAGUCAGUGUGUCCAAAAGGAAGAGGAAUUCACCUAUUGUCAUAGAUUCUGAUGAUGACAUUGAAGACACCUUGAACCCCAUUUAUGCUCCAUUAGAGGAAUAUAUAGAGGACCGUAAAUCUCCAAAUCAGUAUAAUCAGUCAAAUCCUGAUCCUGAAAGUAAAAGGCCCUGUGCAAGGCCCAGCCCAUCAACCGCAGGUUCAUUAAAAGAGGGCUCAACGUCUGAUCAGAAGCCUUGUGGAUCAGCAGGAGGUUCAGGAGAAUUGCAUAGCAGGCGUGUGUAUGAUUCACCGGUACGAUCGGCAGAAGUGGAAACACCCAAAAGGAAAAAAAUCAAAUACAUCAUAGACUCAGAUGAUGAAAGUCCCACAAGCACCGACCGUGUAGUAGCUCCAGCAGUGUCAGCUACAGAGGAGUCUAUGCUUCCAAAACAGCCCAGUCAGUCCACUCCUGUGCCUGAAAAAACAAGGCCGUGUGAAGAACUAAAUCCAUCAACCACAGAAGCUGAUGAUGAUGACACAGACAUUGAAACAUAUGAUUCUCAGAGUUUGUUACAACCAGAAAAGUACCGUAUCACUGUUCCAUGUAGAGUUAUUAUGGACUCUGGAUCCUUAGCAGAAUCAGAGUACAGUCUAGAAGCUUCUUCACCUGCCGGUGCAGCCCCAGCAGCUAUGUGCACCUCACCUGGGUCUGUCGCUGCCCCUGAACUAGAGGAAACACCAUCCACAAGCAGAACCUCUCCACCACCCAGAGCUCAAACCACUGACCCAGUCUCACCAGGUACCACUGACCCUACACCUAACCAGGACCAAGCUAGUGAUGGUCCCACAGGUCAGCACGUGUCACCCUCGCAUUCAAGCCCCACUGUCGACGUUCCAGCAGUGUCAACAUCUGCAGUACAAACACACUCACUCUUAAUACAAGCAUCUCACUUAAAAUCUGAGCAGCUACCAGAACCUUCUCCUCUGGCAGGAGUUUCUUCAUCACCAGGUCGUCCCGCUUCAGCAGAAGCUUCUGAUGAGGGUACCAAAGUGAAAUCCAAGUCCAGUGCUGCCAUAUUCUGGACCAGAUGUAAUGAGGCUGGGUGGACUAAAGAAGUCUUCUCAAAACUCGUGUCUCAGCUGAGCAGCCUAGGAGAAAGAGUGCAGUCACAGGAAGCUAGCCACCAAGACUAUGAUGUUGCUCUCAAAGUAUUGAUGGCAUCUGGACAGCUGCCUUGCAUUUUUACUCAGCUGGAACAAGAACUGGAGAAACAGGAAAGGGACUUGCAGAGGAAAAAAGCAGCACUAAGGGAUGCCAAAGCUGUACUAGGUGUUUAAUAUAACAGUCUAUCAGAA